GUUUCAGUUGUUAGUGUUAACUGCUAUUAACGGUACAAGAUUACUGAUUACGAAAUACGAACUGGAUCUGGUAAAGUUUCAGUGGAAGUCACAAUCACACUGAUUUCCCAUCUAAUUCGACCUUGUUUAUCCUAUUCUAUCCAGUAUUAGGGUUUUCGAUUUCGAUUUUCCCCUUUCGAUUUCGAUUUCGAUUUCGGCAUGUUUCUGUGUUUUGAUGUUUGUAAUCUGAUUUUUCGCCGAAUAUGGUGACGCGGGAGAGCUGGUUUUCUGUUUGGAUCGAUCGAUUUCUCUCUUGUUUGAGGGGCACUAAACUUGCACCUACCAUCUCUGGGAAUAAUCUGAAUUCUAGGAUGCUGAGUAUGUCAGAUGAUUUUUGGAGUACAAGCACAUGCGAUCUCGAUGAGAUGCUUACGCUUCAAUCUCGACAGAACUCGUUUAUCAGCACGACAAGCUACAACCCAAAUCAUGGUGGUGCCACUGACUAUUUAAGCAAUCAUUCUGACUUUGUAAAUCAUGGUUUGAUUCUUUGGACACAGACCAGGCUUCGAUGGGUCGGAAAUCACGAAUCUGCUAAACGAACUAAAAGAAAACACCUUACAGGAUUAAGUUGGUAUAUGACCAAAGAACUCAUGCUGGAAAGCAAAAGACCUUACCAUCGGCUCAUACCUUUAUCUGAAAUGGUAGACUUUCUAGUAGAAGAAUGGGAAGAAGAAGGGCUGUAUUAUUGAGCCAGUCGAUCGAAAACCAUCACCUUGUGCAUUCACCAUCUUUGUGACUUUUUUCGUGUUUCGGAGUUUAAUUCAAUGGCUACUGCCUUAACUUGGGAUCAGUUGAUACGAUUUAACAUACAAAAUGACACCACCUGGUUUGCUAUUGGUACAUUGGAGACUUCUUGGGGAGAGGCCAAAUAUGAUGUAACCCGAAAUCCAAGAUCGUCUGAAUGAUCGACGAGCUAAACGGUAAGCCCCCUCCAACCAUCAGCUAAUAUCUACUUUAUACAUACAUAUCAAGCUUUCUUCAUGGUUUCAUCUACGCAUGACAGUUUAAUAUAUGCAGAAGCAUCAACUUUAGUGUGUUUGAUGCGAUGUUGAUGAUUGACUUGCUGUAAUUGAUGUAAUAGAAUAGAUAUUAACCUCUAAAACAAACACUAUCUUCGAAUUCUGAUAAUACUGAGCUUUGUUUUGUGGGGAUAUUGCUGUCAACCGUGUUGGAUGGUAGAGAACAAAUAAUAGGCAAAGUCGCGCCCCCAUUGUCUU